AAAGGCAUGAAUACAAAAGGGUCAAAACAGAACAAGCAUGAGCUUACGAAGUCUGAGGAGCAUUUUAUCGCAAGCGAAGUUCAUAGACACAAUACGUCGAACACCUGGUGCCAUUGAAACCCAUCUCAGUUUGAAAUUCUUUUGCACGCAAACAACACAAAACGAAGACAGCUUGUGUAAGAGAAUAGAGAAACUUCCCAAGGGAGAAUCAAUAGGGUCCGCUUUCCGUAGUUGGAUGCGAGAUGGCUUCCCCGUUCGUGGCGCUGACAUUUUUCACACCAUUAACCGUCUCAGAAAACUCAACUUUAACAAACGUGCACUUGAGGUGAUGGAAUGGGUGAUUAGGGAGAGACCCUAUAGACCUAGGGAACUAGAUUACUCUUAUCUAGUGGAGUUCACAACUAAGCUUCAUGGAAUUCCACAUGGUGAAAGCCUCUUCACUCGUGUCCCUAUUGAGUUUCAGAACGAGUUACUCUUCAACAACCUUGUGAUUGCUUGUUUGGAUAAAGGUGUCGUAAGGCUUUCACUCGAGUACAUGAAGAAAAUGAGGGAAUUGGGCUAUCCGAUCUCCCAUUUGGUCUUCAACCGCCUCAUAAUUUUGUAUUCCUCACCGAGCCGAAGGAAGAUGAUACCUGGUUUACUCACCCAAAUGAAGGCUGAUAAGGUCACCCCGCAUGUUUCCACCUACAACAUUUUGAUGAAAAUAGAGGCCAAUGAACACAAUCUUGAAAAUUUGAUGAAGUUCUUCGAUCGAAUGAAACGAGUGCAGGUUGAACCGAAUGAAAUAUCUUACUGCAUUUUAGCUACUGCACAUGCAGUUGCUAGGUUAUACACUGCAACUGAAACGUAUGUUGAGGCUGUGGAGAAGUCUAUGACAGGGAAUAACUGGUCAACAUUGGAUAUUUUGCUUAUAUUGUAUGGGUAUCUGGGGAGCCAGAAGGAGCUGGAAAGGAUUUGGGAUAUCAUUAAAGGACUUCCCUUUGUUAGAUCUAAAAGUUAUAUGUUAGCCAUUGAAGCAUUUGGUAGGAUUGGAGAGUUAAACCGAGCCGAAGAGAUUUGGUCAGAAAUGGAAUCGGUAAAAGGAUUGAAAUCUGUAGAGCAAUUCAAUUCAAUGAUGACUGUGUAUUGCAAACAUGGAGUGCUUGACAAAGCAAUCAGGUUGUACAAAAAUAUGAAGACAAAAGGGUGCAAACCGAAUGCAAUAACGUAUCGCCAUCUUGCUCUUGGCUGCUUGAAAUCUGGUAAGGCAGAACAAGCUUUGAAGACAUUAGACUUGGGCAUGCGUUUUCCGCUUAACAAGAGCGUUAGAAAUUCAACACCAUGGUUGGAGACUACUCUUUCAGUUGCUGAUCUUUUUGCUGAAAAAGGUGAUGUUGGAAAUGUUGAGAGACUGUUUGAAGAAUUUCAUAAAGCUAAGUACUGUAGGUAUACUUUUGUAUAUAAUACAUUGAUUAAGGCUUAUGUAAAAGCUAAGAUUUAUAAUCCAAAUCUUUUGAAAAGGAUGAUUCUUGGAGGAGCUAGACCUGAUGAUGAAACUUACAGUCUUUUGAAAAUUGCUGAGCAGUUUAGGACUUGAUUGUUUAAUUGAUAUUUCACAACGAGUUAGAAUUAUGCGUAUCCUUAUGUUGACUUUCUAUUUAUUAUAAGCAUGUAUCAAUUGCGGAACAAGAGUCAAUAAGAUGGAAGAGUUAUUAAAGAUCAUCUGCCAUUGCUUAUGAAAGCUCUUUAUUUUUGCAUCUACAUCUACAACUGAUACUGUAAGGGUAUAACAUGUUGGAUUUACAUUUAUCUCUCCAACUUCAUAGCUACAUUGCUCUAUAAUUUUUCAUACAUAUACAUAUAUAUGAUGAAAAUCUGAACCAUUAAUCUCCCAGUCAACAAAUGUUAUUGCUAACUUUCCAUCUAAAGGAGCUUCCUCACUUUAAUGGAGCAAGGUUCAUUUUUGUGGUAAUCCCAUAGCCUCAACUGAUUGAGAAAUAACUACAGACAAUGUGAAUUAUUUAUCUAUUUAUUUAUUUUGUUUGUGGAAUAUGUGUGAGAUAUCCGUUAAAUUUUCCCUAUUUAUGAAUUGAAUUGAGUCCAAUAAGAGGGACCUUUGGAGGAUAGGUCUAUGCUCUUGCGAGAGACAGGUUUGGACUACAGUUCAGGAAAUAUAACAUAUUAUACCCUAGGGCCUACACUUCCUUUCUCUUGGAAAAUGUUUGGCUUGAAUUUUUUCUUCAAGAUUUAUGAUUAUAACCCACGAAAACAGUUGUCUUGAUGGCUAUGUAAGGAUAGGCCUUGGGAAUUGGGACAGUAGACAACUAGCACAAUGUUUACAAAACCUGAUGUGGCAACACUUGAGACUGAGGAGCUUACAAAAUCCGACUCUGACAAACAAUUUCACCAUCUUAUGCUUGUGGAUAGAGUUAAUUUUAUUCUGCUAUAAGACAUUCUUGUGCAACUUUGCAUAAUGAUUUGGAAA